AUGUCCUUUCUCAACCUCAACCUCAACCUCACCUACCAAAACAUCCACUUCCGCCACCCUUCCUCUUCUUCUUCCCUUCCCAUCCCCUUACCCCCCCUUCCCCCGGGGAUCUCCCGCUCCUUCAUCCCCACCCCCCACGGCGACCUCGAGAUUCUUCAUACCACCACCACCUCCUCCUCCUCCCAACAACCAGCCCUCUUCUUCAUCCACGGCGGCAUGGGUUCCGCCUCCGUCUGGCUCGAGUACCUCUCCUUCUUUUCCCAACAACAACAACAACGACAAAAUAUCCCUUGCUACGCCAUCUCCAUGCGCGGCCACGGCGGGAGUUGGUACCCUUCUUAUUUGCGGAUGGUGUACGGGACGACCAAGGGGGAUUUGACGGGGGAUGUGGUGAGUGGGAUUCGAUGGGCUGUUGAUAGGGAGCGGGGACAGCGGAAGCAGCAGCAGCUGGGUCGGGGAGUGAUUAAAGGUCAAGGGAAGGAGGUAGGGAAGGAUGUGGAUGUGGAUCAUGUUGAAAGGAAAGAAGAGGUGGAAAUGGUACUAAUCGGGCAUUCCAGCGGUGGAGGUUUGGCGCAGUACAUUCUCAGCGCAGGUCUUUUGGGUGGAUUGAGUGUGAAGGUCAAGGGGUUGGUGUUGAUGGGUGCUGUGCCUGGGUUUGGAUC